AUGACAUUGUCCGUAGUCUUUCAACAGAUUGAUAUUCUGGAGUCCAUUGACGGUAACAGUGGCGGGGUCACGCUGCGCAUGUUCGGAGUAACAGAGGUUGGACACAGUGUCCUUGCCCACGUCACAGACUUUUUCCCUUAUUUUUACAUCGCUGUACCUCGAGGAUUCACUGACGACGACCUACUGCCCUUCCAAAAUUCCAUCAACAACGGCGGUGGAGUCCGUGGUAUUGAAUUAGCCAACAAACGAAGCCUCUGGGGUUAUAGAGGAGACGAUCUUGCCAUGUUCAUGAAAAUUACUGUCACAGACCCAAAAUCUUUGCCUAGAAAGGGAGAAUGCAAUUUUCGUAAUCUGUUCAACGGCCCCAUCCCAACAUACGAGAGUAACAUUGCAUAUACUCUACGUUUCAUGAUUGACACUAAAGUCGUCGGGAUGAAUUGGAUAGAGGUUCCUGCUGGCAAGUAUAAAAUGGUCAAGGGUAAGGACAAAAAGUCCCAUUGCCAGAUAGAGUUCGCCGUCAGAUGGGAUCAAUUCAUCUCGCGAGCUCCUGAGGGAACGUGGUCGAAGAUGGCUCCCGUUCGCAUUCUGAGUUUCGAUAUUGAAUGUGCGGGGCGCAAAGGAAUCUUCCCGGAAGCUAACAUCGAUCCUGUCAUCCAAAUUGCCAAUAUGGUCACUUGUCAAGGAGAGAGUAGGCCAUUCAUCCGGAACAUCUUCACCCUGAAUACCUGUUCGCAUAUUGUCGGCUCUCAAGUUCUCUCCUUCGAGGAUGAAUCGAAGAUGCUUCAAGCAUGGAGGAACUUCGUAGAGGAAGUCGACCCGGAUGUAAUCAUCGGGUACAACACCUCCAAUUUUGAUUUGCCUUACUUGAUCGAGCGUGCAAAGGCUCUCAGGGCGAAUCAGUUCCCAUACCUGGGCCGUUUCAAGGGAAUCAAAACGCAGACAAAAGAUACGCACUUUUCGUCCAAGGCAUUUGGACAACGUGAUUCGAAAGACACGGCCAUGGAGGGUCGCUUGCAGCUUGAUUUGCUGCAGUUCAUGCAGCGAGAACAUAAGCUUCGCAGUUACACUUUGAACUCAGUCUGUGCGCAGUUCUUAGGCGAGCAGAAGGAGGACGUGCACCACUCCGUCAUCACGGAACUCCAGAACGGCACUUCGGAGUCAAGAAGGCGUCUGGCUGUUUACUGCUUGAAGGAUGCCUAUCUUCCUCAGCGCCUUCUGGACAAACUGAUGUGUUUUGUCAAUUACACAGAGAUGGCCCGUGUGACUGGCGUGCCGUUCAAUUAUCUACUUUCCCGAGGACAGUCCAUCAAGGUCCUUUCUCAGCUCUUCCGGAAAGCAAAUGACGAGGGGUACAUUGUUCCCGCUCUUAAGGGCGAAGGAACCGACGAACAAUACGAGGGUGCUACUGUCAUUGAACCCAAGAAGGGUUACUAUGAUGUUCCCAUCGCGACGUUGGAUUUCAGUUCUCUGUAUCCGUCCAUCAUGAUGGCCCAUAAUUUAUGUUAUACAACUUUGCUGGAUAAGGGGACAAUCGAUCGGCUCGGUCUCAAAAAAAACGUUGACUACAUUCAAACCCCUAACAACGAUCUCUUUGUUACAUCAUCAAGACGCAAGGGCCUCUUGCCUACUGUACUCGAGGACUUGAUCGGGGCGCGCAAACGUGCGAAAGCGGACUUGAAGAAAGAGACAGACCCAUUCAAGCGGGCUGUACUUGAUGGGCGGCAGCUUGCUCUGAAGAUCAGCGCCAACUCUGUGUACGGCUUCACCGGUGCAACUGUCGGCAAGCUUCCCUGUCUUCCUAUCUCAUCCAGUGUCACGUCCUAUGGCCGACAAAUGAUCGAGAAGACGAAAUCAGAAGUGGAAGCAGAAUAUUGUAUCGCCAAUGGCCAUACGCAUAACGCGGAGGUCAUCUAUGGUGAUACGGACUCUGUCAUGGUGCGGUUUGGACCGAAUGAUCUUGAGAAAGUAAUGGCGCUAGGUAGUGAGGCCGCUGAAUUUGUGACUCAGAAAUUCAUCAAGCCUAUCAAGCUUGAGUUCGAGAAGGUUUAUUUCCCAUACCUUCUCAUCAGCAAAAAACGUUAUGCAGGUUUGUACUGGACGAGACCAGAUAAAUACGAUAAGAUGGAUUCCAAGGGCAUCGAGACUGUUCGUCGAGACAAUUGUCGGCUCGUGUCCACCGUCAUAGAGACAUGUUUGCACAAGAUGUUGAUUGAUCGAGACGUCAAAGCAGCCGAAGACUAUACCAAACAAGUGAUCUCUGAGCUGCUUCAAAACAAGAUUGAUAUGUCUCAGCUGGUUAUAACAAAGGCUCUGGCCAAAGCUGAUUAUGUUGCGAAGCAGGCUCACGUCCAACUUGCAGAACGAAUGAAGCUACGUGAUGCUGGAUCUGCGCCUGCACUGGGUGAUCGAGUGGCAUAUGUCAUCAUCAAGGGAAUGAAAGGAGCUGCUGCGUACGAAAAAUCAGAAGACCCAAUAUACGUGCUUGAGAACAAUAUUCCAAUUGACACAAAGUACUACCUGGAGAACCAAUUGUCGAAACCCCUCAUGCGCAUCUUUGAACCAAUUCUUGGCGAAAAAGCAUCUUCCUUACUUUCCGGCGAUCACACGAGAACGAUACAGAUUGCCACACCAACUAUCGGCGGCUUAAUGAAGUUUGCUGUCAAAACCGUGACAUGCAUGGGUUGCAAAACGCCAUUGCGAGCCAACAAUAGCGUCAAAGGCGGCGCCGUGUGCAAUAACUGCCGGCCUAGAUUGGGUGAACUGUACCAGAACCAGGUUUUGACAACUUCAGAACUUCAAGUUCGAUUCUCUCGUCUGUGGACCCAAUGCCAACGCUGCCAAGGAUCACUUCAUCAGGAUGUACUUUGCUCAAGCAAGGAUUGCCCUAUAUUCUACAUGCGGAAGAAAGCUCAGAAAGAUGUUGAAGAUGCUGGUGCUAUUCUCGAGCGGUUUGAUGAUGAAUCAUGGUAGCACACGGACUGGAGCCUCUUCACUGCCUAUUAAUCCAUAUUCGUGCGAUCGGAUCAUGCUGUGGCAUGAUAUUCUAUGACGAUAUAGAUACAAAUCUUGGCUUGCUUGCACCUUUGACAUCUGUGUGAUCUUUUUAGAGUAUCAAUAUCCGAGGCCACUAUCUGCCACU